AUGAUUUCUUUACAAGGAAUGAAAAAUAUGAAUGAAUAUUUAAUUAUGAUAAAACAACAUUUCAUGUAUAAUACCAUAAACAUUUUAAAUCUAUCAUUAAUUAAAAAUGGUGGGUUGAUUCAAUUUCCAUUGAUUAUUCAUCCAAACCGAAAUGAUGGUUUACAAAUUUCAAUUGAUCAAACACAACAACCAUUCGAUUCACAGAUAUAUAAUCAACCAGGAUCACCUAGUCAGUCACGAAAUAGCGUUGGUCAUUCAAUACCUGAUAAUCAUCAACAACAACAAUCAACAGAACUACAUCAAGAAUCUCAGAAUAGUGAAAUACAACGAACACAAGAAAUCCAGAAUGAAGCCAAUUCUCAACAACUCGAUUCAUCGCUACAGUCGGAUCAGUCACAAUCUAAUGUUGAUGGUUUGCUAUUGGUACAACCACCAUUAUCUGAACAGUUUCGAGUAUUACAGAAUGGUCAAAAUCAAUCAUCACAACAGUUACAGCCUGAAAUUUACUUUGUGGUAGCUUAG